GCACUGGGCAGCCUGUGGCGUUCUCGCAGACUCAAGUCAGCUGCCGCCUCCGCAGCCUCUGCCACCGCCGCCAUGGCUUUCGUCACCCGGCAGUUCGUGCGCUCCGUGUCCUCCUCGUCCACCGCCGCCGCCACAGCCAAAAAGAUCAUGGUCAAGCACGUAACGGUCAUUGGCGGCGGGCUGAUGGGCGCGGGCAUCGCCCAGGUUGCUGCAGCAACAGGCCACAGGGUUGUGCUGGUGGACCAGUCUGAUGACAUCCUGGCAAAAUCUACAAAGGGGAUCGAAGAGAGCCUGAAGAAGGUGGCCAAGAAGAAGUUUGCAGACAACCCCAAGGCCAGCGACGAGUUUGUGCAGAAGACCCUAGGCAACUUGUCUACCAGCACGGACGCAGCAGCCGUGGUGCACAGCACCGACCUGGUGGUGGAGGCCAUCGUGGAGAACUUGAAGGUGAAGAACGAGCUCUUCCAGAGGCUGGACAAGUUUGCCGCUGAACACACCAUCUUUGCCAGCAACACGUCCUCCCUGCAGAUCACCAGCAUUGCCAACGCCACCACCAGGCAGGACCGCUUUGCCGGGCUGCACUUCUUCAACCCCGUGCCCCUGAUGAAGCUCGUGGAGGUCAUCAAAACCCCCAUGACCAGCCAGAAGACGUUUGAAUCUUUGGUCGAUUUCACCAAAACCCUGGGAAAGCACCCUGUUUCUUGUAAGGACACGCCUGGCUUCAUCGUGAACCGCCUGCUGGUGCCAUACCUCAUGGAAGCAGUCAGGCUGUAUGAGCGAGGUGAUGCAUCCAAGGAAGACAUUGACACCGCCAUGAAGCUGGGGGCCGGCUACCCCAUGGGCCCCUUUGAACUGAUCGAUUAUGUGGGGCUGGACACAACAAAGUUCAUCAUAGAGGGCUGGCAUGAGAUGGACUCCCAGAACCCCCUGUUUCAGCCCUGCCCAUCCCUGGACAAAUUGGUGGCCGAGAAGAAGCUAGGCAAGAAGACAGGAGAAGGCUACUACAAGUACAAGUGACAGGGCCAGUCCCUGCAGCCUCACCCCCCUGCCCAGGACAGUGGCCAGCCCAGGUCCCUCGGUGCACAGCGUGCCCUGUGCCCAUCAUAACCCACCUAAUGAUUUAACCCUUUCCAGUCCCCCUACUGUGCAUUUUCUGAAAGGCCUUACACCCUCGGUGCCUUGAUGGCAGUUUUUGGGAGCCUGGCUCUUUCCAUUAGCCUCUCCAAGUUCCUUCACUAGUGCGGGGAUGCCUUGUGCCUGGCCCUGAGAGCUGUGGCCAUGAGCUUGUACCACCCUCAGGCCCUGAAUCCCCACAGUGCCAGGCCUCACACACAGGGGCUCAGGGCCUUGCUGUGUCUACAGCCCAGGGACUGUGGGCCUGGUCUCAGGAACAGCCCAAAUGACAACUGCCUCUUUUUUUUUUUUUCCAUGAGAAAUCAUUGCCUAUGAAAAAAAUGAGCUCUAGUAGCCAUUUUUUUAAUGUGGAAAAAUUUGAAUUGAAAUAAACAAAUGUAUAGUUUAAAAUCACAA